AUCUUUAAGUAAUCCGGCGCACGGAUAACUUUUUCGUUAAAGACCUUUCAUGAACGUGGAAAACCACAAAUGGUUUGAGUAAAUUUAGUUUGUUCAUACAUAUAUUACAAUGACGACUCUUCUACGAUCUGCGAAGUGCGUCCGCAACUACAUUAAAUUCGCCACCAAAUCAGGUUUCAGUCAUCUUAAUACGAAUGUCGGCGGAAAACUAUUCUCUUACAAUCUAAGGCUAUAUACGGCCCCAUCGUCCUCAGCUAGAUCUCCCACGACACCAAAAGCCGCAGAACAGUCGCGAGAUAACCCAAGACUCGAGGUUAAGUUGCAAUUGUUGGACAACUAUGUCAAGCAGCAUGGAGUGGUAUCGACAGGAAAAUUGCGAAGUCUUUUAAGAACGUUGAACGAAAGUGAGUAUGUAACCAGCACGCAAGGUCUAAUGUUGCUGCGGUGCUGCGGAGAUUUGAUGCCCAAUGAAUUGCCCGAAACAAAAUGUGAGCUUGUCAACCAAAUAUGGAAGAAUUUAGAAAAGUCAGUAGUUGAGCUGGAUUUGGCUCACUAUAAUGCUCUGCUGCGUGUGUACAACGAGAAUGGAUACGCAUUUUCACCUACUGAAGUUUUGGCUGAAAUGCAACGUAAAGGGAUUGAACCCAACAAACUUACAUACCAACGAUUAAUAAACUAUUAUUGCCAGCAAGGAGAUAUCGAUGGAGCCGGUAAAAUAUUGGCAUUCAUGAACGAGAAAGGAAUCCCACUAAAUGAAAAUAUUUUCACCGCUCUAGUGAGGGGUCACUCAGAAGCAAAUGAUAUGACAAGUGCGGCAGAUAUUUUAUCAGUUAUGAAGCAAGCUGGUUUGGAACCAACUGGUGAUACUUAUAAGGAACUCCUUUGCGGUUAUGCCAAACAGGGUGACAUGGAAUCUAUUACACGUACGUUGACUGAGUGCCAAUCAAAAAAGCUGUUUCUAUUACAUACAGAUCUAUUGCAUGUCAUCCACUCUUUGGCUUGCAACGGACAUGGUCAGCAUAUUGAGACAAUUCUUUCUAUAAUGCCCAAGGGAAUUGGUUAUUUACGAGACAUGUUAAGUCACAUUUUAAAGUUAAUUUAUGCUGGUCAAGUAGAUGCUGCUACUCAAGUAUUAGCAUCUAUACAGCGACGUGAAAAAGGUACUACCGGAGCUCAAGUGAUCGCAAAAUUGGCAGAAGUUGAUCUGCCAUUACCGAAACUUAUCGAUUUAGUGAAACAAAUCGUUGAUAAAGGCAUUCAUUCGAAUGCCCCAUUGAUAGUUCUUGAAAGGUUUCUCAGAAAUAGUAACAUCGAAGGAAGCUUAGCUUUUAUGAAAUUUGCCAAAGAGUCCGGUUCUGAAAUAAGAGAACAUUAUUUUUGGCCAAUUUUGGUUGCACUAGGAAAGUCGCAAAAUAAUGAAGGCACCAUGGAUUUAUUAAAAGCUAUGAGAGAUGAGUAUGGAUUGUUGCUCUCAAAUGCUACUGUGCGUAAUUAUGUUUUACGGUACAAAACUGGUGAACCCGAUGAAAUAUUUGCUCAGUUAAAAGAAAUUUAUAAUUCACCGCCUAUGGCUGCGUUCAUGACUGUGCAGCAUCUAAUUUCUGAGAAAGAUCUCAAGGCAGCUGCCGAUUUUGCUAAGCAGCAUGAGUUGCCUCCCAAUUCAACUUUACAUCGUGAUACACUUGUGGCAAGUCUGAAGCAUACAAAGGAUGUGACGUCUUUUGUCUCAAUUAUCGAUCAAAUGAGUAAAACAUUAUCAGAAUCAGAGAACGACAACAAAUCCGAGAGCCCAGUUGUAGCAAAUGCUAUUGAAGCAUACUUAAACUCUGCCGCCAUUCAACUUAAGACAGAAAAUCUGGACUUAUUUAUUAAAGUUUUAGAGGAGCUACACGAAAGAGAAUUGCAAGUCAGUGAUACAUGCAUUUCAUUUCUGCUACGAAAUUUGGCUGAUCGUAUGACACCAAAGUUGCAAACAAUUCUUAAUAAAUUAAGUAACAAAUAUUCCACCAUAAUACCGAUCCGAUUCGCAAGAAACAAACUCUGGGCAAUUGCCCGUUUGGAGAAAUCAUUAGAGAAAUUGAAUAGCGAUGAUGAAGCCGCUAUUGAUAUCAAAAAAGAUCUUAUUCGUCUAUACUCAUAUUUACACGAUUUGCCAAAUGUUAUCCGAAUAGCAGAGGAUUUCCAAAAACAAGGCGUUGAAUUUACUGCUGAUGUUUACAAACAGCUUUUACUGGCUUACGCUGUUACUGAUCAACUGGAUAAAAUAGAAGAAUAUUUAGCAAUUGUCAAAAAAAUGGAACCGGAAUAUACCUUGACUGGUCAAAAAUCUAUUCAUUACAUUACUCUCCUUAUAAAUUCUGAUCGUACUGAAGAUGCCCUAAAAUUUUUGCAAGAGAUAAAUACCGAUGACACAGAACCAAAUUACUGGCCAAAAUUGUUGUCAUCUAUAGCUCAAUUGGGAGAUCCUGAAGCUCUAGAAACGAUAUAUAAAGUGGUUCUGGAAAAGGAUGUUCUUGAUAUCAAUAGCCAAAACUUGAGGCCGCUAAUCAAAGUUCAUUUUGUUAGAAACGACUUCGAUGCAGCUCUAAACGCAAUGGAGAAAAUAUGUGAAAAGUACAGGUGUACUCCCAUGAAAAAUGAAUUGGCAAAGAAGUUGAUAGAAACAGAGAAUGCUGCGGCCUUACAACGCCUUACCGAUAUCAGUUCACAAGUUCAUGGAGAAAUCAAUUCUCUUUAUGAUCUUGUUCAAAGCUUUAUAGAAUGUAAUUUUCUUCGUCAAGCAAAAAAGAUAUUAGAGAUUUCCAGCUUACAUCCGAAAUUCAUGAAACUAAAGAUGAUCUCUCAGCGCUACAGCAAUCAAGGAGCAACAGAUUACUCGGAGAGACUCGUUUCAAUUAUCAAAGAAGUACCGUUCUUUAAGAGCAUGCCUGAAUUUUACGGUGAUCUAUUGAAUUGUUAUGAUAUAGAAAAUAAGUGGGAAAAAGCUUUGAGCCUGCGAGCAGAAAUGGAGCAAGAAGAUAUUCAACCAUCUGAGAUAUUCAAUGAAACUCUCAACCGCUUACUACAAAGAAAUGGUCAGUUAUCUAUCAAAAACGACCCUACGUCCAGUGUGGCCAAAAAUAGCUCAGAAGACUCCGAAACCAUAAAUCAGCCAAUUCAGAGGAAUAUGAUUGCACAGCUUGAGAAUCUGUUGCGAAAUGGAAAGCUCGAAGAGGUUUUAGAAUCAAUCCAUCAAUUAGUUGCCAGCGGUAAAUUUCAAAAUCUAAGAACGUGUAAAAUCUUUCUGAAGAAGCUCAGUGAUGCUGGAGACAUAGAAUUUUUACAGAAAUUAGAGAAACACCUUCCCAAAAACAAGAAAGUGUUGAUCAACUUUGAAAAUUAUUUCUGCAAAGCACAUUUAGUGAAGGGACAAAGUGCUGAGUAUCUCGAUUUAUUAGACACACGAUUUGGAGAUGUAGAUUCAUCUUAUACUAGAGAAUUUCCGAUGACUUCAAUACAACAAAUUCUGCAAUCACACCCUGAAUUGGUAGACAAGUAUACUCAAUUUGCUGAAAAACAAGCAGAACGGGGAUUCUUACAGCCAAUUAAUAUGCUUUGGAUACACUACUUUCUGAAUGAGUCAGAAAAAGCGAACCCAAUAUGGACCAAUUAUUUAAUUGGGAGUCCAUUUAUUGCGUUCCAUCCUAUUCUCCAAAACGCCACUAGAACAAACAAUCCUGAGUUAAUAAAAAGGUUGCUGAAGACGCUGGAGACAUGGCCUAAUUUGAAUACAGAAGCAAAAAAAUAUGUUUAUACUACCCUGAUAAAAUUGUAUGAUAUAAUGGGCCAUUAUCAGGAUUCUAUUAAUGUUUUACAAGAGCUGACAAAAGUUUUGCCUCCAAAAGAUGUACCACUGGAACUGGUAAAGCGGAUGAAGUCUCAUCUAUCAAAUAAAGAAAUCACGCUACCAGAUCAUCUUAAAGAACAGAUUGAAACAGUACUAGCUAACACAAUCAACCAACGAACAACCUGAUUUGACAAAUACGACAUAAAUUACGGAUAACAAUCAUUUCCUAGUUGAAGUGGCGUCAUAGUGUAAACAACCUACUCCAUAGUCCAGUUAAUCAAUUAAUUCAGAAAGUUCUUAAUUGGAUUGUAAUAGAGAAGAAUGCAAAAUCAGCACCCACACGAUUCUUCUCUUUCCAAACAAUCGAAUUUUUUUCAACGGUUCAUUAUGAGCAUAGUCACCUUCUACGUAGUAUACAUUCUGCCAGCUGACUACUUGGUUUGAAUACAAUUCGUAGCUAAGUAUAGAAAAAACAUUAAUUUUAUUCAUGUAAAUAUUUGAUAAUAAAUCAACAUAGAGUCAUAAAA